CUUCCAGCCAGCGACGGCGCUGUGACGACGCGUUUACUCCAAUGUUUACGGAAGUAGACAAAACAAAACCUGAAGAAUGAGCGACGAUUAACGCUCAACGGGCUCUAAACACUGCUCAUUAAAUGUGUAGUUUAAGUGUUCAAUUAAAUUCCUCAUCCCGUACUACAAUUUAAAUAUGAAUGAUACAUAUAUCAUACCUUACAAAAGAAAUGCUUCAGAAAGGGGGAGCUAAUCAAAUAGAAAAAAUCUGUAUAGUUAACACGAAGAUUAAGUUAUUUUUUUUAAUAAUGCAGCAGCAGGAUUCUGAUUCUGAUCAUAAACAACUAGAACUGCAAACAAAUAGUACAAAAUUUCAUGUUCUGGUCGGUUUGACUGGCAGUGUAGCAGCACUCAAGGCGCCUUUGUUGGUAACACAACUACUUGAGAUUCCAGGGGUUGAUGUACGUGUGGUCACCACAGACCAUGCAACUCAUUUUUACGAUAUCAGCGAAGUCCCUGUUUGUGUGUACAGAGAUAAGGAUGAGUGGGAGAUAUGGACAAAACGCUCUGACCCUGUGCUACAUAUCGAACUUAGACGUUGGGCAGAUCUUUUAGUGAUUGCACCACUGGAUGCCAACACACUUGGCAAAAUUGCCAGUGGAAUAUGUGACAACCUUUUGACCUGUGUGGUGCGGGCCUGGGACACCAGCCGUCCUUUGCUCUUCUGUCCUGCAAUGAACACAGCCAUGUGGAAUCACCCUGUCACUGCACAGCAAGUGGCCACACUUAAAGGCUUUGGCUAUGUUGAGAUACCAUGCAUUGCCAAAAAACUUGUCUGUGGAGAAGAAGGUAAAGGUGCCAUGGCAGAGGUUUCAACUAUUGUUGAAACUAUCAAACAGUACAUCCAGACAAGUCCUCCUGAAUGACCUCGGACUAAACAUACCAGGGCCAGCGGGCAAGGAGCAAUCCUAAAAAGCAAACAUAUUCAGGACCUCAACACUGGACACACCAACCUCAGGAACGGUGACAACGGUGACAAAGAAAUGAGCUCUUAACAUCACAACACAACAAGUAACUAACAAUAAUGGCAAAACACCAACAAAAGUUUUAAUAAAGACAGCAAACAGUAAAACAACGUUUCAUAAAUAUUGUUUAAUAUGAAAUUCUUUGUUGUUUAACUAGUUGGGACAACAUUUGGGAGAAUACUGUUCAUCUAACUUGGGUUUUUAUGGUUUCAAGUUAUUCACAUUUCUUAAUUUUUGUAACUUAAUAGGUUCUGUAAUCUGGAAAAUAUGUAGUUGCUUUUUUACAGUGUAUUGAUAUUUAUUUUAAGGCAACAACAUAUUCAUGAUUGGUGUAGUUUACUUGAUAAAUUAACUGCUUUAAAUGUUGGAAGUGUAUGUGACCUAGUUGGCAUACAUGUCCUUUCUGUGAAAUUACACUUCUAAGCGAGGGUUGAGUGAGGGGCCUCUAACCGCAACAGUAGCAAGGGGUCAUGAAAAUAGCCUCAGGUUGUACUGGGAGAUACUGAUGUACUUAACACCUCCAAAUAUCUUGUUUUUAAAGAUGUAUAUCCUGUUUGCAGGUUACCGUUAGAAAUGGGUUCCAUCUAUUAUUCAUAUGUGGUUAACCCCCUUUAUUCUCAUAUAUAAGUAAAAGUGUUAAAUGGGAAAUUCAUCUUUGCACUGCCUAAAACCUAUUCUCAAUCAAUUUAUUUGGCUCUUGUUCCAUUUACCUACUUUCUCUACAAAAACCUUUCCUUCAUCCUGAUCAUUCUUCUUUUGUUUCUCUUUCUCUGAGCUAAAGAUUUAUAAAAUGUCAACGUGCAUGUCUGACAUUGGGGUUAGAACAAAGGGUGUAUCUGUGUCUCUACGGUUUAAAAGGAUAGAUAACAUCCUGCUAAUGUGUGUAUAGGGAUAAACAGCUUAUAAGAGCAUUUAUACAAUCCUUGAAAUGGUUUUUGAGAGACACAAAGUUCAAAAACAACUUUCUCUUGACCAGUCACGUUGGGUUUUAUAAUCAGUCCAGAACAGCAGUGUAACCCUUUAUAUACACUCACUGGCCACUUUAUUAGGUACACCUUGCUAGUACCGGGUUGGACCACCUUUUGCCUCAGAACUACCUUAAUUCUUCAUGGCAUAGAUUCAACAAGGUGCUGGAAACAUUCCUCAGAGAUUGUAGUCCAUAUUGACAUGAUAACAUCAGGCGGUUUGCUGCAGUUUUGUCGGCUGCACAUCCAAAAUGCGAAUCUCCUGUUCCACCACAUCCCAAAGGUGCUCUACUAGACUGAGAUCUGUUGACUGUGGAGACCAUUUGAGUAUAGUGAACUCAUUGUCAUGUUCAAGAAAUCAGUUUGAGGUGAUUUGAGCUUUGUAACUUGUCACAUUAUCCUGCUGGAAGUAGCCAUCAGAAGAAGGCGGGUACACUGUGGUCAUAAAGGGAUGGACAAGGUCAGCAACAAUACUCAAGUAGGCUGUGGCGUUUAAACAAUGCUCAAUUGGUACAAAUUGGUCUUCUGCUGCUUUAGCCUAUCUACUUCAUGGUUCAAUGUGUUGUAAGUUCAGAGAUGCUCUUCUGCAGACCUCGGUUGUAACGACUGGUUAUUUGAGUUACUGUUUCCUCUCUAUCAGCCUCAAACCAGUCUGGCCAUGCUCCUCUGACCUCUGGCAUCAACAAUGCACUUUCACUCACAGAACUGCCGCUCACUGGAGAUUUUCUAUUUUUCUGACCAUUCUCUGUAAACCCUAGAGAUGUUUGUGCAUGAAAAUCUCAGUAGAUCAGCAGUUUCUGAAAUUCUCAGACCAGCCCAUCUGAAACCAACAACAAUGCCAUGUUCAAAGUCACUUAUAUCUCCUUUCUUCCUCAUUCUGAUGCUCAGUUUGAACUUCAGCAGAUUGUCUUGACCAUGUCUAUUGAGUUGCUGCCAUGUGAUUGGCUGAUUAGAUAUUUGCGUUAACAUGCAGUUGAACAGGUGUACCUAAUAAAGUGGCAGAUGAAUGUAUAUAACUUUUAUAAAAUUAUUGCCAAUGCAGCAUUUGUUUUCCAUUUUUAUUAUUGCAUUAAUCAGUUUAUGCUUCAUAUUUGCUGUUCUGUUUAAAUUGUGCAGAAAAAUGGCUGUUGAGACAACUUACCCCUUUACAUGUCUCACCAUUUAAACAUAUUGUAAUUGUUCAAUAGGUUUUUUGUAACAUAUAGAAAUUAACAUUGUUGCAUGAUAGAAAAUUGCAUCAUAUCAAAGAAUCAAUAGUUUUUGUGUUAGUUCAGUCAGGGACCCAUGGUAGGAGAUGAUGCAAGCACUGGCACAUUAAAUUUUAACAUUUAAUCAAAACACUUGUUCAUCCUUAUUUGUUUAGCAAAGCAGUUGAGGUGUUGUCAUCAGAUGUAGUCAGUGCUGCUUUUCACACAGUCCCCUGUCUGAUGCGUUGUCCUCCUGUCAUUGGCUGCCAAGCCAGACUUUAAAAACAGGCACUCUGGCAGGAGGGGAAACGUUUAUCAUGCAGGUACUGGAAGGGAGUGAAAUCAACUGAGCAUAAUGUGGAGGAGGCUCCAAUCUCUUGGCAGGCUAAAUGAGAGUAAAAUAUUCUUACUCACAUGUGGGUUGUAGAUGGCACUGAUCUGUGUUAGUCAAGGUCAGUUCACUGAAAUGCUUUUUGUGGAGGGGUAACAGGAAGCAACAUGGGAAAUAUAUUGCGAAACAGCAAGAACCAAUCUAUUGCACAAUUCUGGUGCACUGAUGUUCACGUCUUCUUUUACUCUUUUGAGGACUAAGAGCAACAACAAAAAAUGUUUUAUAUUAACAAUCAACAUUUUUGUUCAUGUGUGAACCUUAUGUUUCAUCAUCAAAAAUCUAAUUUAUGAAUUUAAAAUGCACACACAAAGGACUUGCAUGCACACCCGGGGCUCAGGUGUACCCCAGCAGAUUGCUUGAUGUUGGAGGUGUCACUAAGGUUGAGUAAACACUUGUCACAUUUCCUGCUUGUAGCCCUCUGGGGAUAUUGACAGGCCCUUGGCACUGCUUCCCCAGGUAGCUGAAAUGUAAUACAGACAUGGCUGAUGUAACUCCACAGCUGAGUGAACUCAUAGCUCCUGACUCUAGCACAUGAGCUGGCACGGUUUCAUCACUCAUUCUAAACAUAUCACACGUUCAAAGUAAACACAUUCAAACUAGCAAAUUUCUGCUGCUGCUACUGCUAAAAAAGGUAGUGCUGUAAAUGAACACAGCAGGAAAUAUUUGAGAAUAAACUCUAACCCUGCAGGUUAAUUUAUAAAUAUACUAGUUCAUAAUAAAUUUACUGAUGUCAAUUUAUUCUUGGUUUAACGUGAUAUGUUAAAAAUGUAGAAUAAACAUAAACUUAGUUUAAUAAAAGUAGUGUUCAAUACUAGUUCAUGCCUUAAAGCGAUAGUUUGCCCAAAAAUUUAAAUUCUGUAAUCAUUUAUUCACCCUCAUGUUUUUCCAAACCAGUAAGACUUUUAUUCAUCUUCGGAACACAAAUGAAGAUAUUUUUAAUAAAGUCUGAGCGAUUUCUGUCCCUCUAUUGACAUACGCAACUACUUUGAUGCUUCAAAAAGUUCAGAGAUCGUAAAACUAAUCUAUAUAGGUCACGUACACACUGUAAGUUUCAGGAGUGACAACCACAUUUAAAUGCGGCAGUGAAUCCCCUAAAUUAUUGUUAGCCUACGUGUGUACGGAACACAACUCACUCUAGAAAAAGCAUGAUUGACAGCUUGGAAACCAUAGCGACGUUCUGGCGUCUCUCGUGUUUGGUAUCUGUUAUUGUGACCAAAGUAAUAUUACAGUGACAAAACACUCAUUAUUUUCAGCAAUUUAACUAAACACACUAACACAGUCGACGGAGGCGUCGUGUUUUUUUUUUUUUAAUGCCUGUUUCACAAAGAGCGCGCUCUUUCUGUGUUACCAUGGUCUUUCCUUAUAAGCAGGGUUGCCAGGUUUUCACAACAAAACCCGCCCAAUUGUUCCUCAAAACUAGCCCAAUCGCAUUCCGGGGGGUGUCCCACAGUAAAAAAUCAAGUUCUGGGGGGUAAAAUUCGUGUUUUUGGCAGGACUCCACAGGUAAAAUUUGCAUUCCAGGGACUAAAUAUCACGUUAUGUUGGGUCGAUUCAACCCGCGGACACGAAAAACAACCCGCGGCAACAGUGUAAAAGUAGCCCAUUUCCGUGGAAAAACCGCGGACUUGGCCACACUGAUUAUAAGUGUUUUUUGGGCUUGUUGUUUAAACUCGUCUCAUAAAGCGAACGGGUUUAUGGAGUAGGCCUAAUUAAAGUGAGCAGACAUGAAUCGCGAUAUUUUGGUCUUAUUUUCAGCAUAAAGCAUUUGGAUUUAUUUCGGUUUAUUAUGGGCUUGUUCUUGUUCGCGGAUUUUUCUAGCAAGAUUUGGCAACUCGAAUGAGUCAAGGCUCAUGCUUUCAUUGCGAUUCACCACGCAUACAGAAGAGAGACACAAAACGUCAUUAACAACUAAUUGUAUUUUUCGGGAGUUAAUACGGUUGUAGAAUGCGGUUGUCACUCCCGUAUUUUACCGAACUGUGUGUGUACAGAACACGAUUAAGCACUAAAAGGUGAACUGACAACCGAAUUUAGCUGCAGUGUGUACGUGGCCUAUAUGUACUGAGUGGUUUAGUCCAACUUUAUAUGAUGAACAGAUUGAAUUUAGGCUUUUAUUCACAUAUAAACAUUGAUCAGCAAACAUAAACAGAAGCUCAACCGAACCUGCUUGACGCGUGAGAACAAACCUCUUGCGGAAGCUCAAACGUGCUGCGUAACAGACGAGAAUGAAGCUCAUUGGUUCUCGCAUGUGUCAAGCAAACAUGCUUGAGCUUCUGUUUACCAUAAUUGAUAUGUGGAGUUGAUUAAUGUUUAUAUGUGAAUAAAAGCCUGAAUUAAAUCUGUUCGUCAUAUAAAGCGACCAAGUCUCUUCAGAAAAUUUGGACUAAACUGCUCAGUUCAUAUGGAUUAGUUUUACGAUGUCUUUAUGAACUUUUUGAAGCGUCAAAGUGGUAGUUGCGUAGCUGUCAAUCGAGGGACAGAAAUCACUUAAAAUAUCUUCAUUUGUGUUCCAAACGAAAGUCUUACGGGUUUGGAACGACAUGAGGGUGAGUAAAUGAUGACACAAUUUUAAUUUUGGGGUGAACCCUUUAACUAAUGUUAAUUAAUUGAACCAUAUUGUAAAGUGUUACCAGCAUUGAUUUUAUUUGAGCUUCUAAUCACAACAGUUGUUAAGAUGUGCCUGAUAACCAUUGCAAUGAUUGACUUUUCACUAUCACCUACCUAUCAUAUUUUCUGUUGUUUUCUUCCUUAUGGGUAUCUACUGAUUUCCAAGAUAUUUCAAUACAUUUCCUAACUGUAAAUGAAAAAACACACUAACAGCUUAUAUGACACCAUAGAAGUCACUUCCCACAAAAAUCCAUGAUUGUUUUAUAUUAUUGUAGUUUUAUUUAUUUUAUAUUAUUGUAGUUUUAUUUUUAUAUACAUAGUAAAAAGUAAAGUGGCAGAAUGCUUGUGUAUGUAAGAUCACACAGUCUCACCUUCUCGCAAAAUAAAAAUAGUAUUGAGGUGUCAAACUUGCGCAUACUUUUUUUGAGAAUUAAAAAACCUCAUCUCUCCCCACCCCCUCCCCAGAACUGGUUUAAUCUGUCACAACUGUCACGUUAACUGGAAGCACUCAUGCUUCGGCUUCCUUUUUCUUUUAUCUAGCCUAGUUAUUUCAUGACCUUUGUUCUCCCUCUCGGUAUUGUUCUCUUCUUUGAUUGUUUGGAGGUUUUAGAUAAAAUGGCAAAUGAUUAUGGUUUCUGUAUAAGAAAAAUAGCGAUGUCAUGAAGCUUAACAUUAUGCCAAAAAAGUGCUUUUUUGAAUACUUCUGGACAAGGAAAAGUAUAGCCAAAGUGUAGGUGUUAGACAACGGACCUGAAUCAUUUAACAGCAUUGUUUUCAUCUU